UCGUUCAACCUUGAUGUUUAUGUGAAAAGAAUGAAUUCCAUUACAUCAACGUUUGACUGAACAUUACAAAAGCUAAGAUAGUCUGCAUAUUGAUAUUUCUAUACAAGUCUAAGCGUGUCAAAUGUGGAAUAUAUACAUGUAUGAUAUAGUGGCCUCCCUUUUACCAUGUCCAAUGCAGGACAGGAAUGCGGAAUUCGACAGCAUUGUCGUUUUGAAGCGAGAUAAAAGAAAAAUAUCAAAACUCAUCUGGCCAGUUUAUUGCAAACAAUAAUAAAGAUUUUGAUACAGCAAGAUAAUUCGUCAUCACCGGAAGUGCCCCUUUGUAUGGAGCUGAAUGAAACAGGUAUUACCAUGACAUAUGGUGCUUGUAUCUGAUGUAAAGGAAUUUACCGAUUUAUUCCGGGAAUGCCCGAGUUGUGCCGAAGAUGACUCGACAGGCAGGCAGUGCCGGUAUCUUUGCAAUAUCAAUCGCACUGAUAGUUUACCGUACAGAUACUGGCAGUGUAGCCACAUUGAAUGAAUUUGUGUGUGAUUCUAAGAUUUAUGACUUGGACCAUUACAAGCUCUGGUCAAUAGAAUGGACGGGACAAAAACUACCAAAGAACUGUCGCAUUGGAGUUCGAGCCGAGGUUGUCAGUGUAACGAUGUGUUUUAACAUUGAAGUUUAUCGCUUAGGCAGCUGUGGAUUUUUUCUUGUGAUAUAUACAUGGUAUAGCAAUACUCCUGAAAAGAUAUAUAGCUGCAACGAACUACGUAGUAAAGUUAAGUUUUGUCAUUAUAAUAGUAAGCUACUCUACCUCAAUUUUACUUCCAACUAUACCAGAUCAGUGUCAUUCAGUCCGAAGGUUAGAAUCACCGUCCUGGUAGAAGGAGGUGAUACAACUGGCAGAAUUCCUGAUGAACCUUCUUCUGGAAGUGCUAUAGGGUUUAUAUUUGGAGGUUUGUUCUUUGUUGUCAUCGCUUGUAUGGCUCGAAAAUGUUGUUCAAGCGUGUGUGAUAUCCUGCGUGGCAUAUGUGACUGCAUUUCACGCUCUUUGGAUUGUCUGAGCUGUGAUGAAGAGGAAGAAACCCAACCUCGCCGACAGUAUACAGAGAUAGAGAUAGCACGCGACCCACCCGGAGUAUAUACUGUGGCGAAUCAGUCUCGUGCUGUCAGUUUGGGCUCACUAGAAUCUCUAGAGGAAUCAAGAUCCAUGCUAUCUGACAAUGAAUUGGAUCCUCCAGCAUACCAUGAAUGCAUUUCUUCUAUUUCCGUUCCCCUGUCUACUGUGGAUAAUGAACGGGAUUCAAACGAUGCCCCGCCCACUUAUGCGGCCUCUGCUUCAUCACUUUCGGAUGAAUCGUCGCCUACCUUUUAUGACUGCCAGAUGACUUGGGAGCACGAAACAUCUGUAUGAUAUAGCUUUCGAAUCCAUAACUAAAUUUGUAUCUGUUUCAUUUUUUCUACGUUUAUGAAAAUGAUCUGUGUAACAGGAACAGGUUAGACAAUUAAUACGAUUGUGUAGCUGGAUGUUUCAUGGACAAAAUGGUGCCAAAAUGAGAGGAAUAAACUAUUUACUUGAUGGUAUGUGAAAAACGAUAUUAAUAAAGUUUAUUAUUUAAAAUAUUA